AUGACUGGUAUCACUGGUAAAUCUAAUUCCAUAGUUGAUGUCGAAGGUGUUGAAGUUGGUUUUAGUACCAUAAUUGAAGGUGAUUCAAUUCGAACAGGUGUAACAGCAAUAUUUCCACGCGGACUUAAAAAAGUUUUUCAUCGAAUGCCUUGUUUUGCGAAUUGGUUUAGUUUAAAUGGAGAUGGUGAAAUGACUGGUAUGCAUUAUUUAACAGAGUCUGGUUUUCUUACAGCACCAAUUUUAAUUACAAAUACAAAUAGUGUUGGUAUUUGUCGAGAUUCUCUAAUAAAAUGGGCUUUACAAAAGAAUAAUUCAAAUACAAUGGUCAAUAUGCUUGAUUUUAGUUUACCUAUUGUAGCUGAAACAUAUGAUGGAUAUUUAAAUGAUAUUAAUGGAUUUCAUGUAAAAGAAGAACAUGUAUUUGAAGCAUUGGAUAAUGCUAAAGGAUCUGACUCAUUGAUUCAAGAAGGAAAUGUAGGAGGUGGAACAGGUAUGAUUUCGUUUGGUUUUAAAGCUGGAACAGAAGCUAGUUCAAGAAAAAUUGACGGUUUAAAUUAUACGAUUGGAGUGUUAGUGCAAUCCAAUUUUGGACGCAAGAAACAAUUAAUUAUUACUGGCGUUCCUCAUAUUAUUGAAGAAAAAGUUAUUCGAUAUCGUUUUCAAAAUGAUAAUUUUCAACCAUUAUUAGUAACAAUUGUAAGUGGUGAUGAUGGAAAUGAUUGUGAAACACAUUAUCCAUUAUGUCCUUAUGGUAAAAAAUGUACAUAUGGUUCAAAAUGCAAAUAUUUUCAUAUUGAACGUCGAUAUCAAAAUCCAUUAUCAAUUACUGAAAGUCUGCAAAUGAAAGCACGUUUAGAAAAAUCUAAAUUACAACAUCAAUCAUCGAAUCCAUCUAUAAUGCCAGUAUUAAUUAAUAAUACAUUUAAAUCAACAUUUAAUCAUACAAAAUCAGUUCCUGAUCAUAUACAUAUGUAUAAUGAUCGACAUUCACCAACAUCAUUUUAUCGAAUGAUGGAGCAAAGCCUUACUGAUGAUGCACGUACUGCUUACGAAUAUGGUUUAUCAUCAACAUCACCAAUAACAACAUCAAAUGAUUUUUCAUUUGUUGAUCAACGUUUACCAAUUCAACAACCAACAAGAUAA